CACUGCCCUCCCCAUCCAAAUUUUCCAGCCAGCAGCCAGAGCUGACUUCCGCAAUCCUGGUGGAAUAAAUCCAGCCCCCCCCAGUCAUCCGGCCACAUUAUCCACUCUUCUCUGCUGAGACGAGCCGAGAGAACAGAUCCCCAUCAACAGGAUGUGGGGGCUCACGGUUCUACUACUGCUGCCUGUAUUGAGCUUUGCUCUAUACCCCGAGGAGAUACUGGACACCCAGUGGGAGCUAUGGAAGAAGACCUACAGAAAGCAGUAUAACAGCAAGGUGGAUGAAAUCUCUCGGCGUUUAAUUUGGGAAAAAAACCUGAAGCAUAUUUCCAUCCAUAAUCUUGAGGCCUCGCUUGGUGUCCAUACAUAUGAACUGGCCAUGAAUCACUUGGGGGACAUGACCAGUGAAGAAGUGGUUCAGAAGAUGACUGGACUCAAAGUACCCGCUUCUCGUUCCCGCAGUAAUGACACCCUCUAUAUCCCAGACUGGGAAGGCAGAACCCCAGACUCUGUUGAUUAUCGGAAGAAGGGAUACGUUACUCCUGUCAAAAACCAGGGUCAAUGUGGUUCCUGUUGGGCUUUUAGCUCUGUAGGUGCCCUGGAGGGCCAACUCAAGAAGAAAACCGGCAAACUCUUAAAUCUGAGUCCACAGAACCUGGUGGAUUGUGUGUCUGAGAAUGAUGGCUGCGGAGGGGGCUAUAUGACCAAUGCCUUCCAGUAUGUGCAGAAGAACCGGGGCAUUGACUCUGAAGAUGCCUACCCGUAUGUUGGACAGGAUGAAAAUUGUAUGUACAAUCCAACAGGCAAGGCAGCUAAGUGCAGAGGGUACAGAGAGAUCCCCGAAGGAAAUGAAAAAGCCCUGAAGAGGGCAGUAGCCCGAGUAGGACCCAUCUCUGUGGCCAUUGAUGCAAGCCUGACCUCCUUCCAGUUUUACAGAAAAGGUGUGUAUUACGAUGAAAACUGCAAUAGCGAUAAUCUGAACCAUGCGGUUUUGGCAGUGGGAUAUGGGAUCCAGAAAGGGAACAAGCACUGGAUAAUUAAAAACAGCUGGGGAGAAAACUGGGGAAACAAAGGCUAUAUCCUCAUGGCCCGGAAUAAGAACAACGCUUGUGGCAUUGCAAAUCUGGCCAGCUUCCCCAAGAUGUGACUUCCACCAGCCAACCCCAUCCUGCUCUUCCAUUCCCUCCACAAUGGUGCAACAUGCUUAUGUACCUUGAAGGAAACUGGCGUGCCUUUCUUGACACAGAUGUGGUGACACAGAGAUUGUCCGUUCAGUCUCCCUGUUUGUGCUUCAAGUGACACUCCUACUCCUUUCUUCUCUUCACCCAAGGUCUUUAUGUUUUCAUUGUUACCACAGUAGAAUUUCCCUAAUAGAUAUGCACUCUUAGGCUAAGAGAUGUGACCAGCACCUGCCCUGACUGUGUUGUUCUGAGACCAAUGCUGUAUAGAGGCUAGGGACCCUCAGAGAGGCUAAAUUCUCAUUCACAGGGACGAGUUAGCUUUAACCACUUGAGAGGACUAAGGUGACCUGACUUCUCAGUCUCCAUGUUUACCUCUCUAUCUUCCAGGUAGAAAUUCUACCCCAUUAAUAAAUCUAUUCACAAAUCUUUGGUGCAAGUUUACAUGAUACAACAAAUGUGUUUUCUUUUUCCUUCUUUGCAUUUUUAAAGAAAACUGUGUUUAUCGCUUGUCUAUAAUUUAAUAAAUAGCUGUUUAGUAAACAUUCAUUUUGUGUCAGAUACUGGGCGAGGUGGCUGGAGACAAAAAAAUGAAUGAAACAUAUUCCUUAUAUAUGAUGUGUUCACAGUUGGGAGAUUCUGUUGCAUAAACAAUUCAUCCUAAUUCAUUUAUUUGUUUAUUCCUUCCACUAACAUUUUUUAGUGCUUACUUGGUAUUAAGAGUUGUACUAAGUAUCAGGGAUUAAAUGGAUAUAAAAAGAUUUCAAUAUUUAAUUCUAUCUGUAUGGAGACCAGAUUAAGUGAUACAUGAACCUAGGUCUUGAAAAAUAUCUUUCUGUGGUUCGAGAACCUAAACUUUUGCUUUUACCAAAAGAGGAAAUUGAAACUCUUUAUAAUAAUUCCUAAACAGUAUCAGUUUUAAAAGAGCUUAGCUGGCUAAUAGUAAAUCAGCACAAUGAGCUUUUGGCAUUUUUCACAAAAUGUUUUUUGAGCAUCUGUUAUUACUACUAGAAAGAGUUCACAUUUAUUGAACACUGACCAUGUGUCAGGCACUACUUUAUUUCAUGCUGUGCAAAAACCAUUUAUUUUUGUGUGUCAGUAUUUAUUACCAUGUCAUUUGCAAUGUAUUCAAAGCUACCAGGCUGAAAUAAAUUAGUAAGAUGCGGCCCUGACUUCUAUGAAAGUUAUAGACUAGUGACAGACAUAAAAACAACUAAUAAU